UUGUUUGUUGCGUUGUUUAUCUCGAGGUUGCGUUCAGACCCUAAAAAGAAAAAGAGACUAAGGUUGCGUUGACCUUGAAGUUGUAAGGUGUUUCUGUUCUGUAACUGUAAGUACUUAUACUUAUAUUAUUGAUAUAUCCUGUUCUGUUUUCUUCAGAAGUGUUCUGUAGGUUCUUCUUCCUUGUAAGGUGUAACUGGUUGUGAUAGCUAAUCAGAACAUGUCCACCUCUUCGAAAAAGUACGAUGUGUUCAUCAGUUUCAGGGGCCAAGACACGCGUGAAACAUUCACAAGCCAUCUUCAUUAUGCUUUAUGCAAGGAAAAUAUCAUAACAUACAUUGAUGAUAAUCUUGUGAAGGGAGAUGAAAUUGGUGAAGCACUUGCUGAAGCAAUCCAAGACUCACGCAUAUCUCUUGUUGUAUUCUCCAAAAAUUAUGCAACCUCAAAGUGGUGCUUGAAUGAACUCCUCAAAAUACUUGAAUGCAAAAAACUUCAUGGUCAAGUUGUUAUACCUGUGUUCUAUAACACAGGUACAUCAGAAGUACGUAAUCAAACAGGGAGUUACGAGAAACCGUUCUCACACUAUGAGAUAGAAGCCAUCAACAACGAAUCCUUUGCAAACACUGUUUCUGAGUGGAGAGCUGCUCUUGCGGAGGCUGCAAAUAUACCUGGAUGGGAUAGUCAAAGUCGAACCUAUAAGGAUGACUCUCAAGUCAUUCAGAGCAUUGUCAGUGAUGUUUGGAAAAAGCUAGCCUUGAUGUAUCCUAAUGAACUGAAAGGCCUUGUUCAUAACGAUCAACACGGUAGUUAUACUGAGUCACUGCUGAAAAGAUAUUCAAGAAUUGGAAUUUGGGGCAUGGGUGGAAUAGGGAAGACAACCAUAGCCAGACAGAUGUUUGCAAAGCACUUUGCACAAUAUGAAAGCGCUUGCUUUAUGGAAAAUGUAAGUGAAGAAAUAGAAAAGUUUGGACCAAGGUACAUCCGUAAUAAGCUUCUUAGUGAGCUGCUUAAGCGACAAAUUACUGCAUCGGAUAUUCUUGGAGCCCCAUUCAUUGAGAGAAUCUUAAGUGGUAGAAAAUUUUUCAUUGUACUUGAUGAUGUGGAUAAUGCUGCACAAUUAGAAUAUUUGUGCUCAGAACUUGAUGACCUUGGACCAAACAGUAGGCUAAUUAUCACGGGAAGAGAUAGGCAAACACUCAAGGGAAAAGUUGAUGUGAUUCAUGAAGUCACAAAAUGGAAUUUUGAAGAAUCUCUGAGGCUUUUUAGCUUAGGAGCUUUCAAACAAAACCAUCCUAAAGAGGGUUACAAACUUCUCUCACAAAGAGCAGUUGCAUAUGCAGGAGGCGUUCCAUUAGCUUUAAAAGUUUUGGGUUCACAUUUUUAUUCUAGAAGUCCUGAAUUCUGGGAACCUGAAUUGAAAAAUUUGGAGAACAAGGGGGAAUCCUUACGUGGAAUUCAAGAAGUGUUAAGAGUAAGCUAUAAUGGAUUAACAGUCCGAGAAAAGGAAAUGUUUUUAGAUAUUGCGUUCUUUUUCAAAGAUGAAAAAAGAGAUUUUGUGACAAGAAUACUAGAUGCCUGUGGUUUCAAUGCUGCCAGUGGAAUAGUCACCCUUGAAGAUAAAGCUCUUAUCACUAUUUCAUAUGAUAAUAUAAUACAAAUGCACGACUUACUACAACAAAUGGCUUUUGACAUAGUUCGGCAAAAGAAAGACCAGACUAGCAGAGACCCGGAAAAAUGCAGCAGGUUAAGAGAUAUUAAAGAAGUUUGUGAUGUAUUAAAAAAUAACAAGGGCACUCCUAAAGUUGAAGGGAUAAUAUUUGAUUUGUCUCAAAAGGAAGAUUUGCAUGUCGGGGCAGACACAUUCAAAAUGAUGACUAAAUUAAGAUUUCUAAGACUGUAUGUCCCCUUGAGUAAGAAGAUAUCAACUACCAUAUAUCAUCCUGAGGAUAUGAUGCCAUUUUCGGAUAAAUUGAGAUAUCUUGAGUGGAGUGAAUAUCCCUUGAAGUCUCUUCCACACCCUUUUUGCGCUGAGCUACUUGUUGAAAUUCACUUGCCUCGCAGCAAUAUAAAAUAUCUUUGGCACGGGAUGCAGAAACUUGUGCAUUUAGAAAAAGUCGACCUAAGGGAAAGCAAACAGCUGAUGAAGCUCCCUGAUUUGUCUGGUGCUGAAAAACUUAAAUGGUUGUAUCUCUCAGGUUGUGAAAGUUUACAUGAAGUUCAACCAUCUGUUUUUUCCAAGGACACACUUGUUACUUUGCUUUUAGAUGGGUGCAAAAAGUUGGAGAUUCUUGUUAGUGAGAAUCAUUUAACAUCUCUACAGAAAAUUGAUGUCAGUGGCUGCUCAAGUCUCAGGGAAUUUUCGUUGUCCUCAGAUUCGAUUGAAGAGUUGGAUUUAAGCAAUACAGGUAUUGAAAUACUGCACUCAUCAAUCGGUCGUAUGAGCAUGCUUUGGAGGCUUGAUUUACAAGGUUUAAGACUUAAGAAUCUCCCGAAAGAAAUGUCUUCCAUGAGAUCACUUACAGAGAUUGAUCUUUCUAAUUGCAAUGUAGUAACUAAAUCAAAGUUAGAAGCCUUAUUUGGUGGUUUAGAAUCGUUGAUAAUACUAUAUUUGAAAGAUUGUGGCAACUUGCUUGAACUCCCUGUGAACAUUGAUUCCUUGUCAUUACUGUAUGAACUAAGACUAGAUGGAAGCAAUGUCAAGAUGUUGCCUACAAGCUUUAAGAAUCUUUCAAGACUACGUAUUCUGUACUUAGACAAUUGCAAGAAGCUUGGUUGUCUUUCGGAGGUUCCUCCACACAUCGAAGAGCUUCAUGUCAAUAACUGCAUCUCAUUGGUGAAGGUUUCGAGUUUGAAGGCUCUUUCACAUAGUAUGAAGGGAUGGAAGAAGGAAAUUUCAUUCAAGAAUACCAUAAAAUUGGAUGCACCUUCACUCAACCGUAUUACAGAAGAUGUCAUAUUAACAAUGAAGAGUGCCGCAUUUCAUAAUACUAUAAUUGUUUAUGAUGUGCACGGAUGGAGUUAUAACGGUGUUCAUUUUUGGUUACCGGGAUGCACAGUUCCAAGUCAGUUCAAAUUCCGAGCAAUAGGUUCCUCUUCCUCCAUUACUAUUAAAAUUCCUCCACUUUCCAAAGAUGUUGGAUUCAUUUAUUCUGUUGUUGUUUCUCCAUCCUUUCAAAUGGAGGAGCAUGGUAAUAAUCUAGAAAUCAGAUUCAAGUACUAUUCGGAAAGUGGCGACUUGAAUUUUAUAAAUAGUCAUUCUAUUAAAGAUGUGAGCCUGGAUCAUGUUUUCAUGUGCUAUAAUGAACCACAUUUCAUUGGAAAUGCAUUUGAAUUCUCUGUUACAAAUUUAAGUGGGGAUCUUAAUGGCUCUUAUAUUUUGAAAGAGUGUGGGAUCUAUCCAAUUUAUUACUCAGAAUUUCCAAGGCUUGCAGCCACCAUGAAUUUGGACAGAGACUUAGAAAAGGAAAUUGCAUUGGAGUUGUCACGGAGCCUAGGAUCAGAUUUUCAUGAAUAUAUACAACAAUUUCAGUCAGAAUCAAUUGCAAGAUAUGAUGAUGAUGGUGAUGAUGAUGAGAGAGAAAUAGGAAAUGAGAUUGAUGAGUCAGUUGAAAGACGUGAUGAGAAUGAAAGAACUAGCAUUCAGAAUAACCAACAAGAUUUGAACUUGAAUGAAAAAUGCAGGUGUUCAUCAUUUGACUGCUUCAUGGGUCCAUUGAGCUAUUUAUGGAGAUUAAUCCGCCACGGCCUACUAUGAAAUCCGAGAGUUUAUAAGACACUAAUUCAAGACGAGAUACUUCAUCUUGUGAUGGUGUCAAUGACAUGAUUAUAGGAUGAUUUUUCGAUAUUCGCCGGUUUGAUAAGCUCAAGAACAGAAAAAUCUAGCUAUAAUGGAUUAAUAGUCCGAGAAAAGGAAAUGUUUUUAGAUAUUGCGUUCUUUUUCAAAGAUGAAAAAAGAGAUUUUGUGACAAGAAUACUAGAUGCCUGUGGUUUCAAUGCUGCCAGUGGAAUAGUCACCCUUGAAGAUAAAGCUCUUAUCACUAUUUCAUAUGAUAAUAUAAUACAAAUGCACGACUUACUACAACAAAUGGCUUUUGACAUAGUUCGGCAAAAGAAAGACCAGACUAGCAGAGACCCGGAAAAAUGCAGCAGGUUAAGAGAUAUUAAAGAAGUUUGUGAUGUAUUAAAAAAUAACAAGUGUGAGAGUUAACUUAAAAUCAGAAAUCUGGAGUAUCGUGCCAAGCAUCGCGCCACGAUGGUUGAAGCAAGAUUCCUGGGAAGCUACUGGAAAAAUCGUGCCACGAUGAAGCAGGGUCGUGCCACGAUGGUCGCGCUGAAGAUAAAAAUAAAACGUAUUUUUCAGUUAGAUUUGUUUCAGUUUUAUAAGGGUUUACUUUCCACUAUAAAU